AUGGAGCAGGAGCCGUUUAGCGACCUGCUGCCGGCGCGAAAGCCCAAAGCGAGCGACGCUGAGACGUCUGGGGCCGCGGCGCACGCGAACGGCGCGGAGCACGACCGCAAGAGCGACGGCGUGAAGAAGGACAAGGACGACGACGACUUCUGGCGCCCCGGAGGCGCCCCCCUGGGCGCCGGGAGACAAGCGUCGGACACGCCGUCCCGGCCGGCCCCGAUGCGGCACGACGACGUGCACGAGAUGGAGGCGAUUGUGCAGCGGUGCGUGGAGCGCACGAUGCAGCGCUUCGUCGGCGGCCUCAAGGACGUCCUGGCGGACAUGUCGCGCCGCCUCGCGUCGCUCGAAACGGCCUGCUCGGACAUCCACGCGGCGCUCGGGUCGGUCUCGGAGACCGAGAUGAUGCGCGGGGAGACGCUGCAGGAGAAGCUCGGCCAGGUCGACUCGCGCGUGCGUGAGAUCUCCGCGACUGUCCAGGCCAUGAAAGACAAGCAGGGGAUUCUGGAGGCGCAGGACGAGCUGAAGGCCGUGGCGCUCGCAGCGACGCCGCAGAGCGAGGAGCCCGCGCCGGCGGCGCCGGCGCCGGCGCCGCCGAGCCCGUCGCCGAGCAUGCCGCAGGGGGGGGGUGUUGCGGCGAGUCAGGCGCCCAGCGGGCCGCCUCCGCAGCCGUACCAGGCGCCGCCGCCGCCGCCGCCGCAGCACAUGCCGCACCACCCGGGGCACCACCCGCACCACACCGCGCCGCCGCCGAACCCCCCCCCGCACCACGCGCACCACCAGCCCCCGCCGCCCGCGUACCCGCCGCGCCCGCCGUCGCCGCACGGCAGCAUCGCGAGCGCGAGCACGCAGCGCGACCACGUGCCGCAGAGCAGCGCCGGCUACGCCGCGGGCAUGCACGGGAGCCCCUACGCGCCGCCCGCGCCGUGGCCGCAGCACGCGUACGGCGCGCCCGACGCCGCGCCGCCGCCGCCGCAGGCGCCGCACCACCACUACGCGCCGCCGCCGCCGCAGCCCGGGCCGUCGGUGCCGUACGGCGCCCGGCCGGGCCACGACGCAGGCCCCGCACACCGCAACGCGCCCCCCCCCGCGUCGGGGACGCGCGUCACGCUCGACCGCCUCGUCGACGACAUCGCGGCGAUGGGCUUCGCGCCGUUCGAGGUGCGCGAGGUCGUGCAGCCGAUGAUGGCGCGCGGGGAGAAGAUCGACGUGAACGUCGUCAUCGACAAGCUGUCGUCGCGCGCAGCGGGCGGGGGCGCGGGCGGGGGCGGGGGCCGGUACCGCUGA